AUGGCUGUCGUUUGUAGCAGAUUUGCUUUUGCGACCGCAACAACUAUAGAGGAGCUGAAAAACUGCUCCAAAAACGAAAACACCGCAAAAAGCACCGAUUUUUGGCUCUCUGUUUGGAAGAAGUGGUGCUUGGAGAAGAAAAUUACAGAUGAAAUAGAAAAUUUAGAGCAUUUCUACGCCGAAGUAAAAAAUAAACAUGGUGAAGAUUAUGAACCAGAAAGCCUCAAAGUAAUGAUGGCAUCGCUUGACAGACACUUAAAGAACAAAGGCUACACCUUGUCCAUUGUACGUGACCGAGAAUUUGGUUCGUCCAAACAGGUGUUGGAAGGCAAAGCGAAACAGCUUCGCUUGGCUGGCCGUGGUAAGCGCCCAAACAAAGCUCGACAAGUAUCAGAGGAGGAAUAA